AUGGACGACGUGAAGCUGGAGGUCCGGGCUGCUCUGGAGGAUCAUCUCCGUGGGAAUGACGGCCAGUACGACAUGCUGAAGGAGUUGUUCGCCAACGACAAACAGAGGUACCUGCCUCCGGUGGUGGGGGAAGACGACGACACUUUGAAACCGCACGAACUGCAGGUCUACGUCAUGGCCUUGACGAGCUGCAUACCGAUUUUGAAAGUAAAGGAAUGUAACGGCUUGGUAAGGACGAUAUUGAAGUGCUCUUGGCUGGGAAGAGAUGCUGCCUUUACAAAAGUGUUUACGCAUUUUUUGGCUGCGCUCGUCAGUGCGCAAGGGUCUUAUCUCGUGCCGGUCCUGUCAAUGAUGGUGGAAAAAUUCAGCUACUCUCGACCGUCUGCGUGGUCCGUGCCCGAUUUUCCCGAGGUGAGCAGGGUCAUCAUGCGUGAUCGACUACACUCGGCCAUCGAAUAUAUCCUGCAAAUGUUUCCGUCGGCGGUAGCAGUUCUCGAGAGUCUGCUCAGCUCCAAGUUUCCCUUUCCCGACGACUCGGUCCGGGUGCACAUGGCCUACAUCCACAACCUGCUUCAAGUCAGGACGUAUGUGCCCGACUUGCAAGACGAGAUCCUGGACCUCAUCUUGAAUCGAGUUGUCAAGAUUGACGCCCAGAUGCAGGUAGACCUGGAAGACCUAGAUGAUGACGUCACUGCAGCCGUUAUGUACGCGCUGCGAGAGAAUCAGCGGCAGCCGUCGGCCUGGGAGGAUGAUGACUCUGAUGACAGCGACGACGAGUCAAUCGACAGCGAAAUCCUCGACUACGACCAGCAGGCGGCGAGAAUCAAGACGGUCAAGGAAAGUGUGGAGAAGAUGGACGCGGUGCUGGACACACUGUUCAGCGUCUACAGCCCACACUUUGUCAAUCCUGGAUCCGACAUUGCAUUUGACAUGUUCACGACGAUUCUGCGCGAGUUCGACCACAUGGUACUGCCCACGUACAAGCCAAGACACACGCAGUUUCUGAUUUUUCACUUCGCGCAACAACACGAGCGUCUCACGGAUGCCUUUUGCGGCCAACUCAUGGCCACUGCGUUUCAGUCAAACACGCCAAAUGUUUUGAAGCAAGCAGCCGCGGCGUAUCUGGCGAGUUUCGUGGCUCGCGGAGCGCACGUGCCACCGAGCCUGGUGCGAACCAUGUUCACGCUGCUCCUCCAUCACCUCGAGCAGUAUAGAAGAAAAUACGAGCCACUGUGCCGCGGACCAGACCUGAAGAGAUUCCACCCAUACUAUUCGCUCGUUCAAGCUACGCUUUACAUUUUCUGCUUCAGAUGGCAAGACUUGGUGGUGUCUGCGCCGGAUGUGGUGGAGCCGGAGGAUCCGGCAUCGUACAUUGGGCAAGACCUGGAGUGGAUUGGAACGUCGAGGAAAGACUUGUCGGUGCAAAUCUUUGGCAAACUCAACCCGCUCAAGGUCUGUGCUCCCGUCAUUGUGGAAGAGUUUGCCAAGCUAGCCCACCGGCUCAACUUUGUGUACAUUUAUCCGCUGGUGGAGAGCAACAAGCGCGUGCGACUGACUCAAUUUCUGUCGACGUACUCGACGGGCGGUGCACUACGGGAUGCCGGCUACGAAGGGCAAGAAGAGAGCUAUCACCAGCUGGACCCGUACUUUCCGUUUGAUCCAUACCAGCUGCCGAUUAGUAAGCGAUGGCUUGCGGACGACUAUGUGCACUGGAAGUCGGUCCCGGGGCUGAACCAAGACGACGACGACGACGACGGCGGCGGCGGCGGCGGCGGCGAUGACAAGUCGGAAGAAGAAGACGAGGAGUUGGUGGAGGAGACGGCAACGGACACGGACGGGGAGAAGUUUUGA